CUUUAAUUGAUCCAUACAAGCCGCCGUCGACGUUUACAGUUUAUCCACGUGAUUAAGUCAGCUGGACAACAUACAGGGUACAGAAGGAAAGAAAGAGAUCGACGAAGUAAAAUGGAUUUACGAAUAGGUGGAUUAGGACAGUUGUCUCCGCUGGAAGAGUCCAGCGCCGAGGUGAGCAGAGACAGUGGUGUUGUGUCCCAGAGCGAAAGCAGUUUGUCGAUGGUGAGCGAGGGACUCAGCAGCGGCACGGUCUCGCAGAGUCAGAGCUUCAGUGCGGCGGUGUCACAGCCUGAACAGGGAGACGAAGACGAACAACUGCUGCAGCUUCAGCAAACUGCACACAGUUACUCCUCUUACAUCAGGGCCACGGCAACCGAAGAGAUCCGCAGUUUGGAAAAGAGCUUGGAAGAAAUGCUGACUCGUGUGGACGAAUUUGUCGGAAUGCUUGACAUGAUCCGGAAUGACACAUCUCAGGUUGUCAAUGAAAAUCUACCUCAAAUUCACAAGAAAUCGGAAGAAAUGAGAGAAAUUUACAGAAAAAUUGAUAAACUUGAGGCUUUUGUGAAGAUGGUUGGCAUCAAUGUCAAUGCAAUGGAGGAGCAAGUUGCACAAGCAGAAGGGGAACAGGGCACUCUCCCUGGUGCAUUCAAGAAAAUAUUUAGAACAAUGAACGUUCCCGGGUUUCUAAACAAGCCAGCGAGCCCCAGAAGGCAACCGCUGCACCAUCAGGAGCCUUCGGUAUUCAGGACUGAGGAUUACUUCACAUCACAUGCAGAUCAUUGACAGCAAUCCCAGCACAAACUCCAUUUCCCAAUUCCGCCAGCGGGGGAAAUGGUCUGUCAUCAGUGCUCGACUGCCUGGAUGUGGGAGGCAAUAACACAUAUCCUUUGGAAGAUGGUGUGGUCCUUGGUGCGAAGCUUUUAACAAGCAAUACUGUCCCUUUUAGCACUCGCAGAUGUGGAACAUAUCAAAGCCCUUGAGUCAGCUGGUGUAGCGAACACAGAUUCUGGACCUUCUGCUCAGAGCAGCCAACUUUGUGUAGCCAAACAUUAUCUUUUAAUUGGUUUGUUUACUAAGAUCCUGUACAUAAAGUGCCUGCCUUUUUUUGUCUGUUGAAACCCCCUCUGCCUCAGAGUAAAGAGAAGUCAAUAUUGAUGUGGUUGGAGUUUUGAUGGACUCCUUAAACUGUCUGCAGAUGGACUAACAGGGCAAAUGGGCCUAACUGGGUGGAUAGGGCAUGGAACUGUAAACCUGUGCAACUCCUAGUUGUACAAGUAAUUACCACAGAAAUUGACUUUAAUAUGAUAUUUGAAAUGUAAUGAACUUUUCACAAUUUCCAAAUAAGCAAUUUCCAAAUAAAUGUUUUAGUACUUAAUGGUGUAUAUAGGCAUAUGUAUUGUUGUUUUUUUAAAAUAUAUAAAUGUUGAUGACAUUCUGUUUAUUCAUAAACAAUGUGAAAUUCAAAUCAAUGCAUUUACUAGUACUGAGCAAAGGCUAAACUCUUAUUUCCAUUUUGCCUUCAUCAAGCAUUCAAAUCCAUAGCUUGUGUUUGUGCGCAUGCAUUUUCUGUUUUGUUCACAUUUCUCAUCCCAUUUUUUUGGUUAGUUCAAACAUAGUAUUCCCAUUGUUAUUGAUAAUCUAUCGUUGAUGUACAUACUAAAUACUAAAUAAAGUCAUUUCUUUUUAUUGCAGUCUCUACA